GCGAGCCGUGAGGCAAGGAGAGUGGCCAGCUGUGGUGGUGAUGGAGGUGAAGGGAGAGGGAAGAGGGGCGGGGCCACGCAGGAGCGGCUCCGAAUGACAUUCCGUGAGGCGGCGACGGCUUUGGUUUGGGGCCCUUCCUCCUCCUCCUCCUCCUCCUCGCAAGAUGUCGGCUCUGGCCGUAGCGACGGCGGCUGCUGCGACGGCGGCGGCCGUGACCGCGGCGCGCUUCGAGAAGCCCAGCAGCCCGGGCUCGUCGCGGGGCUUCUACUUCAACACGGUGCUCUCGCUCGCCCGUUCGCUGGCCGUGCAGAGGCUCGCUCCGCUCGAGAAGGUACAGAAACUUCUGUGCAUGUGCCCAGUAGAUAUCCACGGGAUCUUUCAGCUGGAUGAGCGCCGCAGAGAUGCUGUGAUUGCUUUGGGAGUUUUUCUAAUCGAGUCUGACCUGCAGCAUAAAGAUAUUCUUGUUCCAUAUCUCCUGCGGCUGUUGAGGGGCCUCUUCAAAGUCCAGUGGAUAGAAGAAAGCAAUUCGCGCAAAGGCCGAGGCAUGCUUCCAAUUGCAGAAAACUUCAGUUUCUGUUUGGUGACGUUAUUGUCGGAUGUGGCUUAUAGGGAUGCCAUUUUGAGAGAACAGAUUUUAGAGACAGUUUUACAAGCGAUGCAGGUCCUGCUGGGAAUGUGCCAGUCCCCACAAAUCCAGGAUAAAGAAUAUUUAUGCAAAUAUGCUGUGCCAUGCCUGAUUGGAAUUUCAAGAGCGUUUGGGCGCUACAGCAACUCGGAAGAGUCUCUUCUGUCAAAGCUUUUUCCUAAAGUUACUCCGCAUUCCCACAGAGCCCCAAACGAGUUGGAUGGUAUUCGCAGACGCUCUUUUAAUGACUUCAGGUCGAUACUUCCAAAUUCCUUACUGUCUGUUUGCCAAGAAGGAUCUUUAAAGAGAAAGACCAAUAGUGUAUCGAGUAUCACGCAGAUCAGUCCAGAACGUGGAAUUCCUCCUCCCAGUUCUCCCGGAGGAAGCGCUGUGCAAUAUUUUGAAGCAGGGUCCUACCUACCUGAUGGGAGUGCUGUAGAUCCCGAUUAUUACUUCUCUACAAUCAGUUCCAGCUUCUCGGUUUCGCCUCUCUUUAACGGCAUUAGCAACAAGGAGUUUAACAUUCCACUAGAAAUGCUCCGCCAGCUGCUGAACAUGGUAAAACAGAUUGUUGGGGAUGCAGUUCUUAGAAAUUUGGACGCAGUUGUCUCUGAGGGUAUUGAGGAAAACCCUCAUGCAGAUCUGUUCUACAAAAUGUUCAGUGACCCAUUGUACGUUGCCCAGUUCAAGAUGCUGAGGGACGCGUUGUACUAUAUGAAAGAUCUCCCAAACUCGUUUGUGAAGGAGAUACACGAUUUUGUGCUGGAACAGUUCAACAGCAGCCAGUCGGAGCUUCAGAAACUCCUUCAUGACGUCGACAGAUUACACAACGAACUGAAUCCUCUGAAGCUGCGUUGCCAGGCUAAUGCUGCCUGCGUGGAUCUCAUGGUGUGGGCUGUGAAGGAUGAGCAAGGGGCAGAAAACCUGUGCAUCAAACUAUCAGAGAAGCUGCAGUCCAAGACCUCUAGCAAAGUAAUCAUAGCUCAUUUGCCUCUUCUCAUCUGCUGCUUACAGGGUCUAGGGCGCUUAUGUGAGAGAUUCCCUGUGGUGGUUCACUCGGUCAAUCCAUCCCUGAGAGACUUUCUUGUGAUCCCUUCUCCUGUCCUGGUGAAGCUUUACAAGUACCACAAUCAAUUUAAUACCGGAGGCAACGACAUCAAGAUCAGUAUAACAAACGAGCAUGCUGAAUCCACUGUAAGUGUGAUGUCAAGCAAGAAGAGUCAAGCCUCCAUGUAUGAACAGCUGCGGGAUAUUGCAAUUGAUAACAUCUGCAGGUGCUUGAAAGCUGGCCUGACUAUAGAUCCAGUCAUUGUUGAAGCCUUCUUAGCUAGUUUGUCUAAUCGUCUCUACAUCUCACAGGAGAGUGAUAAGGAGGCCCAUCUCAUUCCUGACCACACAAUCCGUGCAUUAGGGCACAUUGCAGUGGCACUGAGGGACAUGCCCAAAGUGAUGGAGCCGAUCCUUCAGAUCCUGCAGCAGAAGUUCUGCCAGCCGCCUUCUCCCCUGGAUGUGCUCAUCAUUGACCAACUGGGCUGCUUAGUUAUCACUGGAAAUCAAUACAUUUACCAGGAGGUAUGGAAUCUGUUUCAGCAGAUCAGUGUUAAAGCUAGCUCAAUUGUGUACUCAGCAACGAAAGACUACAAGGAUCAUGGAUACAGACACUGUUCCUUAGCUGUUAUUAACGCCCUGGCUAAUAUAGCUGCAAAUAUCCAGGAUGAGCACCUUGUGGAUGAAUUGCUGAUGAACUUGCUGGAACUGUUUGUACAACUUGGGCUUGAAGGAAAGAGAGCCAGCGAGAGGGCAAGCGAAAAAGGUCCAGCGCUAAAGGCAUCUAGCAGUGCAGGGAACCUGGGAGUGCUGAUCCCCGUUAUUGCUGUGCUUACAAGACGCUUGCCACCCAUCAAGGAAGCGAAGCCCAGGUUACAGAAACUCUUCCGCGACUUCUGGCUGUAUUCGGUGCUCAUGGGAUUUGCUGUGGAAGGCUCAGGUCUUUGGCCAGAAGAGUGGUACGAGGGUGUUUGUGAGAUAGCAACCAAGUCGCCGCUACUCACGUUUCCUAGCAAGGAGCCUCUCCGUUCUGUUCUUCAGUACAACUCAGCCAUGAAAAACGACACUGUCACUUCUGCUGAACUGAAUGAGUUACGGAGCACCAUCAUAAAUCUUUUGGACCCUCCUCCAGAUGUGUCUGCCCUAAUCAAUAAGCUGGACUUUGCCAUGUCUACCUACCUGCUCUCUGUGUACCGUCUAGAAUGCAUGAGGGUUUUGCGUUCAACGGACCCUGAUCGCUUCCAAGUGAUGUUUUAUUACUUUGAGGACAAAGCUAUUCAGAAAGACAAAUCGGGCAUGAUGCAGUGCGUAAUAGCUGUUGCAGAUAAGGUGUUUGAAGCUUUCCUCAGCAUGAUGGCUGACAAACCGAAAACAAAAGAAAACGAAGAGGAGCUGGAGAGACAUGCUCAGUUCUUGCUGGUGAAUUUUAACCAUAUUCAUAAGAGGAUCAGGCGGGUUGCAGAUAAAUACUUAUCUGGCCUUGUAGACAAGUUCCCUCACUUACUGUGGAGUGGAAGGGUGCUGAAGACCAUGCUGGAUAUCCUCCAGACCCUCUCUCUGUCUCUGAGUGCAGACAUUCACAAGGACCAACCAUACUAUGACAUUCCAGAUGCCCCAUAUAGAAUUACUGUUCCUGAUACAUAUGAGGCUAGAGAGAGCAUUGUAAAGGAUUUUGCUGCACGCUGUGGAAUGAUUCUCCAAGAAGCCAUGAAAUGGGCUCCCUCCGUCACCAAAUCUCACUUGCAGGAAUAUUUAAACAAGCAUCAGAACUGGGUAUCGGGCUUAUCGCAGCACACGGGUCUGGCGAUGGCCACGGAGAGCAUCCUCCACUUCGCAGGCUACAACAAGCAGAACACUACGCUGGGGGCAACCCAGUUAACUGAAAGGCCCGCCUGUGUGAAGAAGGACUACUCCAACUUCAUGGCUUCACUCAACUUGCGCAAUCGUUACGCUGGAGAAGUGGCUGGGAUGAUUCAGUACUGUAACACCACAGGCCGCACUUCGGAUCUCAAUAAACUAAUGAUCAAGCAGCUCAACGAUGCCCUAGAACCAGGCCAGCCAGAACACUACACUCAAGCCAUGUUUAAGAUGACAGCCAUGCUAAUAAGUAGCAGAGACACCGACCCUCAGCUCUUGCAUCACCUGUGUUGGGGCCCUCUGCGAAUGUUUAGCGAACACGGCAUAGAAACAGCCAUCGCUUGUUGGGAAUGGCUGCUUGCUGCUAAGAAUGGAAUAGAAGUGCCGUUCAUGAGAGAGAUGUCAGGGGCCUGGCAAAUGACAGUGGAGCAGAAAUUUGGUCUGUUCUCUGCAGAGCGGAAAGAAGCGGAUCCAUUAGCUGCUUCAGAAGAGAGUCAGCCCAGACCCUGUCCACCAGAGGUCACACCACAUUACAUCUGGAUAGAAUUCCUGGUGCAGAGGUUUGAAAUUGCAAAGUACUGCAGCUCUGACCAAGUGGAGAUCUUCUCCAGUUUACUCCAGCGAUCCCUUUCUCUGAACAUCGGGGGAUCAAAGGGCAGUAUGAAUCGACAUGUGGCAGCUAUUGGGCCACGUUACAAGCUGCUAACCCUGGGAUUGUCCUUGCUUCAUGCUGAUGUGGUUCCAAACGCAACGAUUCGCAAUGUCUUGAGGGAGAAGAUUUACUCCACUGCUUUUGAUUACUUCAGCGUUGCCCCAAAGUGUCCAACUCAAGCUGAGAAGAGGUUGCGUGAGGAUAUCAUCAUACUAAUCAAGUUUUGGACUGCAAUGUUCUCUGACAAGAAAUAUUUAACAGCCAGCCAGCUUGUGCCUCCUGAUAAUCAGGACACACGGAGCAACCUGGACAUCACUGUUGGGUCUCGGCAGCAAGCCACCCAGGGAUGGAUAAACACAUACCCUUUGUCCAGUGGCAUGUCAACCAUCUCCAAAAAAUCAGGGAUGUCCAAGAAGACCAAUCGAGGCACCCAGCUUCACAAGUACUACAUGAAAAGGAGGACGUUGCUGCUCUCAUUGCUGGCUACUGAGAUUGAACGCCUCAUUACAUGGUACAACCCCCUCUCAUCCCCGGAGUUGGAGCUGGAUCAGACUGGAGAGAACAGCGUUUCAAACUGGAGGUCAAAGUACAUCAGUCUGAGUGAGAAGCAAUGGAAAGAUAAUGUGAAUCUGGCGUGGAGUAUUUCUCCUCACCUGGCUGUCCAGCUUCCCACCAGGUUUAAAAACACAGAAGCCAUUGGAAUGGAAGUGACCCGUCUGGUCCGCUUGGACCCAGGAGCAGUUAGCGAUGUGCCUGAAGCCAUAAAGUACCUUGUCACAUGGCACACAAUAGAUGCAGACGCUCCUGAACUCAGCCACAUCCUCUGCUGGACGCCAACAGACCCCCCGACUGGCCUUUCGUAUUUUUCCAGCAUGUACCCACCUCAUCCUUUGACAGCUCAGUAUGGAGUUAAAGUCCUCCGUUCUUUCCCUCCAGAUGCCAUUUUAUUUUACAUUCCACAGAUUGUUCAGGCACUUAGAUACGAUAAGAUGGGCUAUGUGAGGGAGUACAUCCUGUGGGCAGCUUCCAAAUCCCAGCUACUGGCUCACCAGUUCAUUUGGAACAUGAAAACCAACAUCUACUUGGACGAAGAAGGGCAUCAGAAAGACCCUGACAUUGGAGAACUGCUGGAGCAGCUGGUUGAGGAAAUAACCGGGUCUUUAUCUGGACCGGCAAAGGAAUUCUAUCAACGUGAAUUUGAUUUCUUCAAUAAAAUCACCAAUGUUUCAGCUGUCAUCAAGCCUUACCCUAAAGGUGAUGAAAGAAAAAAGGCUUGUUUGAUUGCUUUGUCAGAGAUUAAAGUGCAGCCUGGUUGUUAUCUGCCUAGCAAUCCUGAAGCAAUUGUUCUGGACAUCGACUACAAAUCAGGAACUCCCAUGCAAAGUGCUGCCAAAGCGCCUUACUUGGCUAAGUUUAAGGUGAAGCGGUGUGGGGUCAGUGAACUUGAAAAAGAAGGUCUGCGCUGUCGUUCAGACUCCAUAGACGAAAGUGGGGAAGAUGGGAUGGAGAGCAAGAAGAUCUGCUGGCAGGCAGCCAUCUUUAAAGUGGGCGAUGACUGCAGGCAGGACAUGCUGGCCUUGCAGAUCAUUGACCUCUUCAAGAACAUAUUUCAGCUGGUGGGUCUGGACCUGUAUGUGUUUCCCUACCGAGUAGUGGCCACAGCCCCGGGGUGCGGCGUCAUCGAAUGCAUUCCUGAUUGCACAUCCCGUGACCAACUGGGCAGGCAGACAGACUUCGGGAUGUACGACUACUUUACAAGGCAGUAUGGAGACGAAUCCACUCUGGCUUUCCAAAAGGCUCGCUACAACUUCAUCCGCAGCAUGGCGGCUUACAGCCUCCUGUUGUUCCUGCUCCAGAUUAAAGACAGGCAUAAUGGCAACAUCAUGCUGGACAAACAAGGGCAUCUCAUUCAUAUUGAUUUUGGUUUCAUGUUUGAGAGUUCGCCAGGCGGAAACCUGGGUUGGGAGCCGGAUAUCAAGCUGACCGACGAAAUGGUGAUGAUAAUGGGAGGGAAAAUGGAGGCGACGCCUUUCAAGUGGUUCAUGGAGAUGUGCGUCAGGGGAUACCUGGCCGUCAGGCCUUACAUGGAUGCUGUAGUCUCUCUGGUUACAUUGAUGCUGGACACAGGGCUGCCCUGCUUCCGAGGGCAGACAAUCAAACUGCUGAAGAACAGGUUCAGCCCCAACAUGACGGAGCGAGAAGCCGCAAACUUCAUCAUAAAGAUAAUUCAGAGCUGCUUCCUCAGCAACAGGAGCAAGACCUAUGAUAUGAUCCAGUUCAUCCAGAAUGAUAUUCCCUACUGAAACAAGGGGGAUUAUCCUGGGGGAGCCACAAUCCCUUCACCUUCGUUCCAGCCUAGACAUGUGAUUUCCAAUGUACCUGUCUCCAAUCAGUCCUGUGGGCGCAUGUGCAUGUGAAUGUGGGUGUCCCCAUUUUACAGGACCUUAUAACAAUCAACAACUCUUGAACAGUUCCUUUAUCUCUACUAGGAUGUCCGUGUUCCUACAGAGCAGUUGGCUGACAUCACAGAUUUAAAAUCCUGUUGUAGCUAGGAAUGUGUGUGCAGCUCAACAGGCACCGAUAAAUCUGAGGGGUGUGGCAAUUGUCAGGCGAUGCAAGGGUUGUUGUUUUUUUUCAAUUUUAUUUUUUUUGGAAGCAAGCUCCCUUAAAAUGCCCACUCUGCAGAAUCCGAUGGAAAUAAAAUGCUCUGGAGUUCCUGUUCAGAGCAGCAAAGAAGCAUUCAGUUGCUCCAGCUGUAGAAAUUGUAAUGAUAAUCUCUGUAGGUGGCGAUAUUCCAACAUCUGUGUUAAUAUUGUAUUUUGCACUGUAAAUUGUUCCUGCUGCAUGGUCAGUGUUUCAUACCUAGAUGAAGAAUGUAUUUUUUUCCUUUAGUGUGGUUUUAAAGAGAGAAACUUUAUCCAAAAUAUAUUUAAUCUAAGAAAUGGAGUUUAAAAAAGAACUUAUGAUACAAUAUGUCACUGUUCCAACAGGUUUUUUUAAAAAUAAAAACUGUCCUUAA